AUGGCACAAAACAACCAACCCGCUAGUUUCGAGGAAAGCACUCCACCGACGCCGGUUUAUUCUCAACCGCCUAUGACUUAUGCACCGCCACCACCAACCCCUGCAGGCAAGCCCCCGGCACACUCGGAAGCAGUUUCGCCACCAGUCCCAUCGCCGGAAGCUCGAGCACCUUCCACCUACAUUGAUGGUGCCCGCAUCGUCACGUUGGAAGGUGACAUCACCACAUUGAGGGGUACAAUCAACCAGAUGGCUGCUGACAUGGCUGAGCUCAUGGCCUUGCUUAAGGGCCCAAACCACGCCUCCUCGAGCUCUACUCCGCCUCCGGGGUACGGGCCAACGGUCGACCUGAACCCUUGGGUCCCACCGACCCAUGCUCCGGAGAGUCACGUAGCGCCCGCAAUGCACGCAUUGGCAGUCCACCCGGUCAACAUUCCUCCACCACCGAUGACGCUCCCGGCGGCCGUUCCUCCCCCACCGUCGGACCCAGCUAUGCUAGCACCGUCGCCGAUGUCCAUACCAGCUCCGGCUCCAAUCUACACAGCUCCUUCGCCGAUGGUCUUCCCGGCACCGAGCCCCCACUCUCCUGUUUAUACAUCCGAGCCUCUCCCAUUCCAAGCUCCACAACCCUAUAUCAACUUCUCCUACCCAGCACCACCUCCCAUAAAUAUCUUUGCCUCUGAACCAGGCACGCCAACUCAGGCGGCCUUCGCAGCUCCACCAACAAAUUGUCCCCCGAAGACGGAAGCCGAGCAGGAGCAGAGAUUAAAGAAGAUGGAAGAGAACAUCAGAGUUUUACAAUCAGGCGACUCCCGCCUCAAUGCUGGCGACGGCGAUUGA